UGAAGCUUCAUACUCAAGAUUACUAAUCUAUCAAAUUCAUCUGGAUUCUUUAUAGACACCGCAGAUGUGCUGCACUGAUCUUCGAGCGAGGAAUGAGUGUGUGAAGCGUUACUACAGCGUCCAAACCACCAGAGACAAAGAGAGGGAUAUUCCCUUCUGCUGAAGGUGUUUGAGCUCUGCUCCUGAGGCGUGAAGAUGCUGCAGCAGAUAUUGGCUGACAUGUACAUCCAGCCGGAGCUGCUGGCCGAGCUGAAUGAGGAACAGAAACAGAUUCUGUUCUUUAAGAUGAGAGAAGAACAGAUCCGGAGAUGGAGAGAGAGAGAGACGCAGCUGGAGGAGGAGGAAGCUGCACGUGUUAAAGUAAAAAAAGUUUGGGGAAAGACUGUGUCGUGGAUGAAGGGUCUGGAUGACGAUGUGUGGGUUUGGGUGAUGGGAGAACAUCCUGAAGACAAACCCUACGAUCAGAUCUGUGAUGGGGUCAUGGCCGAGAGAGCAGCCCUGCAGGCUCAGAGAGAGGCCGAGAAGCUCAGGGCUAAGAAAGAGGCUGAGCUGGAGAAGCGCUUUUCUGGCCUGUAUCUCGAACCGGAGCAGGUUGUGUUGUCAGAGCAGGAGGUUCAGGAGGAGGAACUCAAGGUGCUCCCCAUCUCGUCUUUGGUUUUAAACACAUGGUUUGGGUCUGUCCUGACCUGGAGGCUUGUUCUUUGUCAGAAACUGGAGUUGGAGGAGUGGCGUAAGGCUGAGGAGGAGCUGAGGAGGCUGGAGCAGGAGAGGAAACAGCAGAUUUACAUCAGCCUGAAGGAGGUGCAGGGCAGUAAACACACUCGUGAGGAGGAGGACCAGGAGUGGCAGAAGACAUUGCAGAAGUCAAAAGCUGCAGACGUGCGCAGACGAUCUCUGGCCAAGCAGACUAUCGAGGACCACCGCAGGCGCUCAGUUAAAGCUCUGGAAAGAGGACGUGUAGCGGCCAUGACAAAGGCCUUCGGCAGCACGAAUCCAGCCCCUGUACCCAAACCCAGAAACACCAGCAACACCAGCAGUGCUAUCAGCCGGAAGGGUGGCAUGCGGCGCUCGCUGUCAGCGUCUAGUCGAGAUCAUAUUAUUCGCUGGUUCAAGGAGGAACAGCUGCCGCUCCGAGCCGGAUUCCAGCGCGACCAGAGCCGCAUCGCACCCUGGUUUCACGGUAUAAUAUCUCGUGAACAGGCAGAGGCGCUGCUGAACGAGGGCGAGCCUGGGUUCUUCCUGGUGCGUGUCAGCGAGAGGAUCUUUGGAUAUGUGCUUUCCUACCGAUCCAGUGAGGGAAUCAAGCACCUGCUGAUCGAUGCUUCAGAGAACUGCUACAUGCUGCUGGGAGACCAGAUCAGAUUCAGCUCGCUCACUGAACUGCUGGAAUAUCAUCAGGUGGAGCCGCUGAGCUCGUCUGGAGUGGAGGAGUAUCUGCGGAGUGCAUGUGGACAGAAAGCAGCCGCAGCCGAUUACACAGAUCUCUUCACCUGAACACAACAGAC